AUGGAAAGCAGAAAUAUUAUAUCUGGAUCUUCCUCUACGCAAUCUACUGUUUAUAUGGAGAAUAAUAAGUAUGACAAUAAAGAUAUAGUAGAAAAUAAUGAUGGUAAAAAUAACUUAUUACCUAAUAUACCUAAUAAUGAUAAAUAUAUUAUGAAUAAUAGGAUGAUUCCAAAUACAAAAUAUUCUAAUUUUAAUGAACCAUAUGUUGCCAAAACAGUUGUAUUUUAUAAAGAGGGUGAUAAUUAUUUUUCUGGUAUUCGUGUACCAAUAUCAAAAUAUCGAUAUCGUAACAUGGAUUCAUUAUUAGAUGAAUUAAAUUCUAAUAUAUCAUUACCAUUUGGUGUUCGUCGCCUAACAACUCCUCAUGGAAAAAAUACAAUAAAAAGUUUAGAUGAAUUACAACAUGGUGGUAAAUAUGUGGCAGGGUCAUCAACAAAACGAUGUCGUGGUGUAGAUUUAGAUGCUGUUAUGAAAUUUCGUCGUCUCAAAGAAGAUACAUUAAAAGGAAAAGUAGACCAAAAAAUUACAUUAGGAAGUACAAUACCAUUAUCACAAGCAUAUGAUGCUUAUAAAAAAAAAAUUGAUAGAAAUAGUAAUAAUAUUAUUAGUUUACCAUUAACUGCUAAACAAUUAUUUUUUGUAAGAAAUGGUAAACCAUCAAAAAUUUAUAGAGCAUUAUUAAAUCCAUUACGUCCAUUAAGUUUUGAAUAUUUACUUGAAGAAGUUAGUAGAGGUCUUCAGGUGGCAAUUUUUAAAAUUUAUAGUUACCAAGGUGAAAGAUUAACAUCAAUACAAGAUUUAUUAGAAUUAAAUGAAGCAAGAGUAUUAGCAGUUCCUAGAAAUGAAAAACCAAUAUUUCGUGGUAAAGUUUAUGAUUCAAAAUAUGUUUAUGAUAAUCAAUUACCAAAAAUUAAUAAUGAUAAAAAGGCAAAUAAAUUACCCAAAAAUAAGAAAGAUACUGAUAAAAUAUCAGGUUCACCAACAUAUAGAGGGUAUUCAGGUAGUAGUGCAAAUGGUUUCACUAAUUUAGCAUCAAAAAAACUAACAAAACAAAGUAUAUUUCCUCAGAUAUAUGAUAAUCAUAAACAAAAUAUUGCUAUUUCAAAUAGAAAAAGUACACCAUAUUCUAAGAAUGAUAAAGAUAUUAAAAAUGAAGAUAGUGAUAGUGGUAGACCUCAUAGUACAAGUGAAAAUGAAGGAAGUUAUAAUGGAAAUUAUGGAAGAGCUCCAUCUAUGGAUUAUCCUAUCUCUAAUGUGAGGGAAGAAAAUUUUGAAGAAGAGGAUGAAGAUGAUUAUGAUGAUGAUGAUUCGCAGGAAGAAGAAAAAGAAGAUGAUGAUGGAAAUGAAGAAAAUAAAAUAAAAAAUUCUAAUGAAUUAAAGAUUGAAAAUGAUAAUAAUAAUGAUAAUGAAAGUUAUAUUUCAGAUGAUAGAAAUAAAGAAGUUGAUUUAGAUUUAAUUACGGAUGAUGAAGAUAAUAAUGAUAUUAUUGCUAAUGUUCCAUUAUCACUUAAUUAUGAACAGGAGAGUAAUGAUGCAAUCAAAGAGCAAGAUGAAAAAAAAAUAAAUGAAGCGGCAAUUGUUAUACAAAAAAAUGUUCGUACAUAUCUAGCAAGAAAAAAAUAUAAAGAAAUGUUAUCAUCAAAAAAGGAUGAUGAAAUUCCUGAAAAAAAUAAUUCUGAAAAUAAAAAUAAUGAUGAUAAUGAUAUUAAUGUUAAAAAAAAUAAUGCUUCAAAAGUUAUACAAAAAUCAUGGCGUGAAUAUAAAGAAAGAAAAAAAUUAUUAAAAAAGGAGGAUAAUGUUGAUAUUAAAGAUCAAACAAGUAGUGCAGAAUCAUUAGAAUCAAGUAAUGAAGAAGUAACAAUUCAUAAUGAUGGAACUGUUGGUGAAAUAAUUACAAAUACAAUGGAAACCUAUAAUUAUAUGGUAACAGUUUUUAUUGGAAAUAGAUGGGCUGCAGAUACAGAAGCUGAUAUAUGUAUAAUAAUUUAUGGAACAUUAAAAAAUAGUGGUCAACAAUAUUUAAAACAAGAAUCUAAUACAUAUAAAUUUAAACAAAAUUCUAUGGAAAAUUUUUUAUUAAUAUUAAAUGAAUAUUUAGGUGAUGUAGAAAAAAUUGAAAUUAGUCAUGAUUCUGAGGGAUAUGGUAGUGGUGUAUUUAUUGAUAGAAUUAUUAUUUCUGAUACAACAUGUGAAAGACCUAAACAAUAUUUAUUUUUAAUAAAUAAAUGGUUUGAUAGUGUACAGGUUGAUGGAAAAAUUUCAAGAAUAGUAAAACCAACAACAUUAUUUUAUUUAGAUAAUGUUGUUGAUUCUAAAAAUUUUAAAAGUCUUAAUCGUUGGGAAUUAUUAAUUUAUGGUGGUACAGAGAAAGGAGAAGGUGGUACAACAUCAAAUCUUGAAAUAACAGGAUAUGGAACAAUGGGUAAAAAUUCAUGUAAAAAUCUUUAUGAUUCAAAACUUGAUAAUCCUCCAAAUAAAGCAUUAAUGCAAAUAGAUUUAGGUGAUAUAGGACAAUUAUUAAAAAUUAGAAUUGAUAUUGAUGGUACUGGUAUUAAACCAAAUUUUUUUAUACGAAAAAUUGAGAUGAAAGAUUUAGAUACGGGUGAAGAAUUUGUACUAUUUUGUAAUAAAUGGUUAAAAUAUAAAUCAUUAGAAAAAAGUGAACAAUCAUUUAGAGAAUUUCCUAUUUAUAGACCUGGUUUUGAACCAUUACAAAUUUAUAAAUAUGAGGGUAAAAUUAUUUUAAAUAAUGAAAGUAAAUUUUUAAAUGAAAGUUCAGCUGAGGUACAAAUAUUUGGAACAUUAGGUGAAACUGGAAGAAUAUUAAUUUGUUUUGAAAAUUCUAAUAUUAUAAAAAAAGGUAGAUAUGAUUUUGUAUUUAAAGUAGAAGCAGUUAGUGUUGGAAAUAUUGAAGGUGUUAGAAUAUAUUAUCAACCAAGUAAGGCAUCCAUUGAUUUGUUAGAAGGAAUGAAUAUUUUACAAAAUAUUUUUGAUGCACAUGAUUGUCAAAUUAAUGUUUUACCAAAUUGGAUGAUUGAAAAAAUUUAUAUAAGAGAAUCAUUACAUAAUCCAUUUAGAUAUGUUAUUAAAGAAGGUAAACUUUUUGUCCUACCAUUAAAUGAUGAAAAAGAAAAUGUUAUAUAUUGUAAAGAAAUGUUUGUAUCAAAUAUGGAAGGUCUUGCAACAAAAAUAUCAAAAAAGAAACAAAAAAAUAGUAAUGUAUCAAAAUGGUUAUUAACAAUGACUAUUGAUAAUACCUCAAAUUUACUUCCACAAAUUAUAAUUUGUGGUGAAAAAAGUUAUAUAACAUUAAAUCCAGUUAAUUUAACACCAAUUGAUAAUAAAUUAAGUUUUAAUUCAAAUGAAUGUGAUUUAGGUUUAUUAACAAAAAUAAGAAUAGAAACUGUUAAUUCAAUAAAAAUGGAUCGUUUAAUGUCAAAAGAGGAAGAUGAAGUUUUAAACCAAAAUGAAGAUCAUUUAUAUAUUGAAAGAAUACGAAUAACAGACAUAAUAAAUGGUGAUGAAUUAAGAUUUAGUGAUUUAAAUGAAACAUUAUAUAAUAAUUCAAUUAAAGAAUUUUCUGCCAUUUGGCCAGAUAUACCACCUAUGGCAACGACAAUCUACCAAGUUAAAACUAUUAUAGCCAACAUUAUUGGGCAAAUUAAAGUAUACCUAAAUGUUUUUGGAACUUUUGGUAAUUCAGGAUAUCGAGAAAUGAAAAAUGAUUCUGAUGAAUGGUUUAGUAAUGAAGUUAAACAAACAUUUCAAUUUGAAGCUGUUUCUCUAGGACCAUUAGUUAGUUUAAACAUUAAGGUAGAAAGUAAUGCAGAUACAACAACUGAUAGUGUUUUCAAUUUUAAUGUUAAUAGAGUAUUCAAUGAAAAAAAUCCAAGUGAUAUUGAUGUUCAGCUCUCAAAAGAUAAAUAUUAA